CAAAGAAAUGCUUAGCCGCCAGCCGGAUUCCGAGUGAGGUACAAAGGAAAACAAACAUGUCCCACCACUCGCGUUUCACAUGUUCUCCUGCCCAGAAACGACUGCAAAAGGAGCUGGUAUCCUUGAUAAAGGAGCCACCACCUGGUGUUGUAAUAGAUGGAGAAUCCGUAGGCCAAAGUCUAGACCUACUAGUAUUGAGUAUUAAUGGAGCUCAAGGAACUAUUUACGAGGGAGAACAAUUUCAGUUACAGUUCCGUUUCGGACCAAAAUACCCUUUUGAUUCACCUGAGGUUGUUUUUAUCGGAACAGAAAUUCCUGUUCAUCCUCACGUCUACAGCAACGGCCAUAUCUGCCUCAGUAUUUUAACCGAUGAUUGGUCUCCAGCCCUGUCCAUUUUUUCGGUCUGCGUGUCCAUCAUUUCAAUGCUCAGCUCUUGUAAAGAAAAGAAGAGACCACCAGAUGACAGUAUGUAUGUGAAAACGUGCAGCAAGAACCCCAAAAAAACUAAAUGGUGGUACCAUGACGAAGAAGUAUGAAAAAAAAGGAAACUGUUUUUCUUUGCUCGUGUGUGCGACCCUGUGACAACAUUGCCGCAAUGCAAAAUCGUGCGUCAGACAUUCUAGUCGCCCAAAAAGUGGAGAAUUUCGUUUUGUUUUUGUUUUGUUUUUUAAUCGAUUUCAAUUUUCAGCAUCUGAGUUAUUGCGUUGGAAACACUUAUACUGAUCCAUUUCGCUCGUUGAUUCUUUUGUUUCGUUUCCUAAUUUUGUCUGAUCCCCCCCCCCCCCCAGUACGAAUGGUUCUUUUUGCAGUUGUAUUGAUACUCCCUCCAAUGUCACUUCAUAGCAAUAUUACCGCAUUAGACUUCGA